UCGAGGUAACGCUCGAUACCUUUGCGAAUCUCCUGAAACUACUUUAAUUGAAUAGAGAUCGAGCUUAGAGAUGGAAGGAGAACAGAAAAAGAUCAAUGUUUUCUCUCGUCUGAUGGAUUUUCCUGUCUUUGCUACCUGUUUUAAUUGGAUUAAAGGAAAGUAUGAAGAAAGUAAAAAUUCGAAAGCAUUUGGAGAAUUUAUUGUUCGAAUGGAAAAAGUAAUUGUUGAGACCUCGGAGAGAAUAAAACCAGUCUUGCAGAAAAUGGAUACUCAAAUUUCAGCACUCGAUGAAUUAGCCGUAAAAGGUUUAAACAAACUGGAAGAAUAUUGUCCAAUUACUAAAAAACAACCUGCUGAGAUCAAAGAUGCAAUUGUCACUUACGUGGACGAACUAAAAAGAAGCGGAAAACUAAAUGCCUAUUGGACUGUAUUUCAUACAACAUGUAAGGAAGGAAUAAACAUAAUUCAAGAACUUCUAAAUAGCUUCUUCAAGGGUAAGAUGGCCAUGUCUAUAAUUACUUCUGUCGUGGAUUUCCUCUUGCCUCCCUUGAAGGACGAAGCAAAAAUCGAGCCCACUUCGACUUUUGAAGAUCUGAAAACUGUAAUGUCGAAAUGCGUAAAUAGACUUCGUUUCUAUGGAAAAGCGAUGAUAUCCAAGGACACGGAACUCUGCUGGACCGACUUUCCUCUCUUAACAACAUUGCCUGCUAUGCUAUGGGGUAUUCCUGUCGUACUGUACUACGAAAUGAUUAUGGCUUUCUUGGUCUCUAUAAAAUAAUCUUGCAUGUACUCUAAACUUCAAUAAACUUGCUUGCAUUUGUUACUUGUG